AUGAAUAAUAAUUGUAAGAUUCAAAAAUUAAAAUUAGAAAAUGACAUUAUAUACUCCUCCAAUUUAAUAAUAAAUGAAGAUGAUAUUGCCGAUUUUGUUUCAACGUUAAACAUUCAAAAAAAUAUAAAUGAUAAAAAUUAUUUAAUACAUAAUUUAAAUACAGUCAAAGAAAUACAAUUAAGUAGCCUCAAAAUUAAUGAUUGGGGUUUAUCUAUUCUUAUACCCUGUAUAUUAAGAAGCAGAAGACUUACAACAUUAAAUCUCUCAAAUAACAGUUUGACAAAUGAUAGCGCCAACAUUUUGUCAAAGUGUAUAAAGUAUUUGCCACAUCUAAGGUGUCUCAAUUUAUCUAAUAAUUUAAUAAAAGAAGAAGGGGCAAUUAAUAUUAUUCAAGAAUUUUUUCAAGAUCAUAUAAAAGAAAAUUCAAACCCUAGUAACAUUUAUCAAGUACUUAAUGUAGAAAAAAAAAAAAAUAUUUCUACAAAUAAUAAUAAAACUAAUCUAAGCAAUUGUCACGAUGUAAUACAACCUAAUCAUAUAAACAAUUUUAUAUUUGAAAAUCAAAAUUGUAAUAAUAUUUUAGACUACAAACAAGAUAAAUAUAUUAUUCCCAAUGAGUUUAAUGAUUCUCAUCAUAUAUGUAAUGAUGACAAAAAUUUUGAAAUCUUUGAAGAUAAAACAGAAAAUGAGGAUCUACAAGAAAUUGACAUGUCAGAUAAUUUUUUAGGUAACAAUUUUAUAAUUAAAUUAAGUGAUAUCUUACAUAAUAAAAAAGACAAAAGGAAAUAUAAAAUUGUUAUAAAAAAUGUAGCCAUUAAUAAUACAUCUAUUUCUUAUUUUCUAUCUAAAUGUAAAGAUGUAGAAAUAUUAAAUAUAUCAGAAAAUAAUAUUAUAUCUGAUAACCUUCCAAAGGAUAUUGAAAUAUUUUUUGAUAUACAGCCAAAUUUAAAACAAUUAUAUUUAGCAAGUAUAUGUGGAGAUCAUCCAACAGGUGAUAAUAAUAUAAACAAUAACAACCACAAUGAUUUAUAUAAUAACAAUCACAAUGAUUUAUAUAAUAACAAUCACAAUGAUUCACAUAAUAAAUAUUAUAAUGAUUCAUAUAAUGAUUGUGAUAUAAUUUACAAUAGAAUGACUAGCCAAAAUAAAAUAUUCACAUGCUUAAUUAAUAAUUUAUAUAAGGCAAAAAAUUUACGCAUACUUUGCCUUUCAAAUAAUAAUAUUAAUGAUGAAAACUUCAAAAUAUUUUGUUUACAUAUCCAACAUAAUAAAGACAAUAAAAUUGAAGAAAUCGAUUUUUCAUAUAAUAAUAUCACAGAUCUUAACCCUUUAAAUGAAUGUUUAAAAAAUAACGACACAUUAAAAAUUAUCAAUUUAUCUAAUAAUCAUAUAACAGAUGAAAAAAUAAAAAGAUUUUGUUAUGAAAGUCUUGCAAGCAAUUUCAAUAUUUCUGAGCUCUCUUUAUCUUAUAAUAAAUUAUCUAAUAAUUCUUGUAUUUACAUAUCAGAUGCCUUGAUAAAUCAGGCCACUCUCAUUAAAAAUUCUCUAAAAGAAACGAAUGAAUACGUAAAACAAAAUUCUAGUUCAACACAGGAAGACUUGGAUAUGUAUAUAAAAAAAAUGAAUUAUAAAAAAAAUGAUGAUAAAAAAAAUGAUGAUGAUAAAAAAAAUGAUGAUAAUAAAAAAAAUGAUGAUGAUAAAAAAUUUUAUGAUGAUAAAAAAUUUUAUGAUGAUAAAAAAUUUUAUGAUGAUAACAUAAAUUUUAAUACAUAUAAAAACCCAAGCAACAUAAAUAAUAUUUAUAACACACCGAAUGACCAAUCUUGUAUUUCAAUCCAUAAUGAUAAUAAACAAACACAUAGAACAGAUAAGAAUCACUUGAAUACAUAUAAUAAUAAAGAAGAUAUUAAUAAUAUAAAUAUAUUAAAAGAUAUAAUAAUUAAUAGACAUAAUGAAGAAAAUAAUUUUUUUUCAUGUAUAGGUUUAUCAAAUUUUUAUAGAGCAACAGAUUUAUCAAAAAAUUUAUAUCUACAAGAAAAUCGUAGAAAUUGUAUAUAUAAAAAAAAUGAUCAUUUUAAUAAAUUAUAUAAUUCGAAUAAUAUAUUUUCAGCUAACUGUUUAAAAGGUCUCAAAUUUCUUAAUCUUUCAGGUUGUAAUAUAAAUAAUGAAGGUAUUUCAUAUCUUUUAAAAUCUUUAAAAACAUCAUUAUGUACCUUAGAAUAUUUAGAUAUAUCAUGUUGUCAAGAUUUAAGUGAUAAUACAUAUCAAGAAUUUACUAAUUUAAUAUCUUAUAAAAAAUAUAAAUUUCUAAAAAAUAAAAAUUUUAUAUUUAAAAAUUUACCUCUCACUGUCAGAGGAAUUCCACCUAUGUUGAUCCCUCUCUAUGAUUCUGAAGAUAACACAGACAAGAGCAGCACAGAAUCGGAUUGGUGGAAUUAUAAAAAGGAAGACUAA